AUGUUGCUUCAACUCCCUCGAUUAACGAAUGCCCUUCGCGAUCCUUUCGACGUCGAUCAAGCCUAUCUACAUCGCAAGACCAUCCUCCAAAGCCUCAACCGUUCUGCAAAUUCAGUUCAGGAGUCCAGACUCGCGCGGAAAAUCGUGUAUAAUUGGGAUGAAGCGAGUACGGAAGUGCGGCAAGUUUACAAGGAAUUUAUUGGUGCCCUGAGGGAGCUUGUGAGUGAUGAGGUGGUUUCAGAGGAGUUUGAAGAGGUGGCAUUGAGUGUUUACCGGAUUUUUGUCGGCCAAUUGGCGGAGGAUGAAGACGGAGGAGAUAAACGAAUUGCUGAAAAGAAAUUACAGUUGCAAAAACUAGUUGGCCACGAAAUUCCCAUCCUGAAUAUACAAAAAGUAGCCUCUGCAGUGAAGAAGCUUUUGGCAUUGCAAAACAAUGAUGAAGGAACUGUUUUGAUGCCACGUCUACAAGAUGAAGAUGAACAAAACGAUGAUGUUGAAUUUGGUGCUGAUCUCUUUUUUCAACCUCCGGCACGGUUUAUGGUUGAUGCUAUCUUAGAGGAGGAUGAUCUGUUUGUUGAUGUAAAUAGUACACAUGAAGGUGUGUGGUAUGAGAACUCUGACAUAAAAGAUUAUCAUGCUUCCACUAGUGGGGGUAGUUUUGACCUGGAGUGGUUAAGAGAUGCUUGCAAUAAGAUAGUCAAAGAUAGUACUUCUCAGCUACCUCAAGAUGAACUGGCAAUGGCCAUUUGCCGGGUACUUAUUUCAGGAAAACCUGGUGAUGAGAUAGCUGGUGAUUUACUGGAUCUUGUGGGUGAUGGGGCAUUUGAAUUUGUUCAAGAUCUCAUUGCACAUAGGAAGGAUCUGGUCGAUUCUAUUCAACAUGGGCUGUUUUUACUGAAAUCUGACAAGAGUGGUUCCAGUUCUCAGCCACGAAUGCCUAGCUAUGGCACUCAGGUCACAGUCCAAACAGAAUCUAAAAGGCAACUUGAUAAACUCCGUCGGAAGGAAGAAAAGAAACACAGACAUGGAACAGAAAAUGGAGUUGACAGUGAUUUGUCUGCAUUAAGUUUUGGCUCUUUACUGCAAGCAAGUGAAAAGAAAGGCUUAUUUGAUGAUUUCAUUGGGCGAGGUGAUGCUAAUCAACAACUUGUUACUGCCCUUCCUCAAGGAACUGUCAGGAAGCAUUAUGAAGGAUAUGAAGAAGUCAUUAUUCCACCGAAGCCAACUGCACCGCUGAAACCAGGAGAGAAAUUGAUUGAAAUAAAGGAGUUAGAUGACUUCGCGCAAGCUGCUUUUCAUGGCUACAAGUCCUUAAACCGUAUCCAGAGUAGGAUAUAUGAAACAACAUACCAUACAAAUGAGAACAUCCUUGUCUGCGCACCAACUGGCGCUGGGAAAACAAAUAUAGCUAUGAUUUCCAUUUUACACGAGGUUAAGCAUCAUUUCAAAGAUGGUUACCUGCAUAAAGAUGAGUUCAAGAUAGUCUAUGUUGCUCCUAUGAAGGCCUUAGCUGCUGAGGUUACUGCAACUUUCAGCAAGAGAUUGGGUCCAUUGAACAUUGCUGUGAGAGAACUUACUGGAGAUAUGCAACUUACCAAGAAUGAACUUGAAGCAACACAGAUGAUAGUGACGACGCCAGAGAAGUGGGACGUUAUUACACGCAAAAGCAGUGACAUGUCACUCUCCAUGCUUGUGAAGCUCCUUAUCAUUGAUGAAGUGCAUCUGCUGAAUGAUGACAGGGGCCCUGUGAUAGAGGCAUUGGUGGCUCGAACUCUUCGCCAGGUAGAGUCUACACAGAGCAUGAUCCGGAUUGUGGGACUCUCAGCUACUUUACCAAACUAUUUACAGGUUGCACAGUUUCUGAGGGUCAAUACAGAUACAGGUCUGUUCUUCUUUGAUGCUAGCUAUCGUCCAGUACCUCUCGCCCAGCAGUAUAUUGGUGUUAGUGAGAGGAACUAUAAAGUUCGGAUGGACCUGCAGAAUCAGAUAUGUUAUAAUAAGGUUGUUGAUUCGCUAAGGCAUGGUCAUCAAGCAAUGGUUUUUGUUCAUUCUCGAAAGGACACUGUGAAAACUGCUGAAAUGCUGGUUGAACUGGCUGAAAAACACGAAGGUUUGGAAAUUUUCAGUGUUGAUGGCUCGCAUCCACAGUUUGAAUUCAAGAAGAAAGAAGUAAUGAAGUCCCGAAAUAAGGAGGUGGUCAAGCUUUUUGAUUAUGGAAUUGGAAUCCAUCAUGCUGGGAUGUUACGUGCCGAUAGGAGCUUGACUGAGCGACUUUUCUCAGAUGGACUUUUAAAGGUACUCGUGUGCACUGCAACGCUGGCAUGGGGAGUAAAUCUGCCUGCUCACACUGUGGUGAUCAAGGGAACUCAAAUAUAUGAUGCAAAGGCUGGUGGGUGGAGAGAUUUAGGCAUGCUUGAUGUUAUGCAGAUUUUUGGACGUGCAGGGAGACCGCAGUUUGACAAAAGUGGUGAAGGCAUUAUAAUUACAACACAUGAUAAGUUAGCCCAUUAUUUGCGACUUCUUACUGAUCAACUCCCCAUAGAAAGUCAGUUCAUCAACUCGUUGAAGGACAACUUAAAUGCUGAGGUGGUACUGGGAACUGUUACAAAUGUGAAGGAAGCUUGUGCCUGGCUUGGAUAUACGUAUCUUUUCAUCAGAAUGAAAAUGAAUCCCCUGGCAUAUGGUAUCGGAUGGGAGGAGGUUGUUGCUGACCCGUCAAUGAGCUUGAAACAGAGAGCCCUUGUCACUGAUGCUGCACGAGCUCUAGAUAAAGCCAAAAUGAUGCGAUUCGAUGAAAAAAGUGGCAACUUCUACUGUACAGAACUUGGUCGUAUUGCUAGCCAUUUUUACAUCCAGUACUCUAGUGUUGAAACUUAUAACCAACUGCUGAGGCGCCACAUGAAUGAUAGCGAGAUAAUCAAUAUGGUUGCACAUUCUUCUGAAUUUGAAAAUAUUGUUGUCCGUGAAGAAGAACAAACUGAGUUAGAGAAGUUGGCCACUUUAUGUCCAUUAGAAGUUCGAGGAGGUCCUUCAAAUAAACUUGGAAAAGUAUCGAUUCUCAUUCAGCUCUACAUAUCUCGGGGUUCAAUCGAUACAUUUUCACUAGUUUCUGAUGCAGCAUAUAUCAGUUCAAGUUUGGCUCGUAUUAUGCGGGCACUGUUUGAAAUAUGCUUGCGUAGGGGGUGGUCUGAGAUGUCUUCUUUACUACUGGAAUACUGCAAAGCAGUGGACCGUCAAAUUUGGCCCCAUCUACAUCCUCUUAGGCAAUUUGAGAAAGAGAUUUCUGGAGAGGUUUUGAGGAAGCUUGAAGAAAAAGGGGCUGAUUUAGAUCGCCUAAUGGAGAUGCCGGAGAAAGAUAUUGGUGCUUUGGUCCGUUACGGAGUUGGCGGAACGAUGGUGAAGAAGCAUUUAAGAUAUUUUCCUUCGGUCCUGUUAUCUGCUACUGUAAGUCCAAUCACAAGAACUGUUCUGAAGGUGGAUUUGAUUAUCAUACCUGACUUUGAGUGGAAAGAUCGUUUUCAUGGGACUGCGUUACGGUGGUGGAUUUUGGUUGAGGAUUCCGAUAAUGAUCACAUUUACCACUCUGAGCUAUUCACACUUACAAAGAGGAUGGUGAACGCAGAACCUCAAAAGCUAUCCUUUACAGUUCCUAUCUUUGAGCCACAUCCUCCUCAGUACUAUAUUCGUGCUGUUUCUGAUUCAUGGUUGCACGCAGAGGCCUUUUACACUAUAUCCUUUCAUAAUCUUGCUCUGCCAGAGGGCCGAACAACUCACACGGAGCUUUUAGAUUUAAAGCCCCUCCCUGUGACUGCACUUGGAAAUGAAGAUUUUGAAGCUUUGUAUAAGUUUACCCACUUCAAUCCUAUUCAGACGCAGGCUUUUCACAUGUUGUAUCACAGCAACAAAAAUGUUCUUUUAGGAGCUCCCACUGGAAGUGGAAAAACUAUAUCAGCUGAACUCGCAAUGCUCCACCUUUUCAACACCCAGCCUGACAUGAAGGUGAUUUAUAUAGCACCAUUGAAGGCUAUUGUUAGAGAAAGAAUGAAUGACUGGAAGAAGCAUCUUGUUUCCCGUCUUGGGAAGAAAAUGGUUGAAAUGACUGGAGACUACACUCCAGAUUUAAUGGCUCUUUUAUCGGCAGAUAUUAUCAUCUCUACCCCUGAAAAGUGGGAUGGUAUCAGUCGUAACUGGCACACUCGAAAUUAUGUUAAAAAGGUUGGGCUUAUGGUACUGGAUGAGAUUCAUUUACUCGGAGCUGAUCGUGGACCCAUUCUUGAGGUAAUUGUCUCGAGGAUGAGAUACAUAUCAUCCCAGACAGACCGAGAAAUUCGAUUUGUAGGCCUGUCAACUGCUCUCGCUAAUGCUCAUGAUUUGGCUGACUGGUUGGGUGUUGAAGAAGGUGGGUUAUUCAAUUUCAAGCCCAGUGUCAGGCCUGUUCCUCUUGAAGUUCAUAUCCAGGGAUACCCUGGGAAGUUUUACUGCCCAAGGAUGAAUAGCAUGAACAAGCCCGCAUAUGCUGCCAUAUGUACCCAUUCACCUGCCAAGCCAGUCCUAAUAUUCGUGUCAUCUCGUCGCCAAACUAGACUUACAGCGUUGGACCUUAUCCAAUUUGCAGCUUCAGAUGAACAGCCAAGGCAGUUCUUGGCUAUUCAAGAGGAAUCUCUGCAGAUGAUCCUUUCACAGAUCACCGAUCAAAACCUUAGGCACACUUUGCAGUUUGGUAUUGGGUUACAUCAUGCAGGGCUAAAUGACAAGGAUAGAUCUCUGGUGGAAGAACUUUUUGCAAACAACAAGAUUCAGAUUUUGGUCUGUACGAGCACGCUAGCAUGGGGUGUAAAUCUUCCAGCUCAUUUGGUUAUUAUCAAGGGUACAGAGUAUUAUGAUGGAAAAUCGAAAAGAUAUGUUGAUUUUCCUAUCACAGAUAUUCUACAAAUGAUGGGUCGAGCAGGUCGACCACAAUAUGACCAGCAUGGAAAAGCUGUCAUUCUUGUUCAUGAACCAAAAAAGAGCUUCUAUAAGAAGUUUCUGUAUGAACCAUUUCCAGUGGAAAGCAGUCUGAGGGAACAGUUGCAUGAUCAUAUCAAUGCUGAGAUAAUGUCUGGAACAAUUUGUAAUAAGGAGGAUGCAAUGCACUAUCUUACCUGGACGUAUUUGUUUCGCAGAUUGACAGUGAACCCUGCUUAUUAUGGCCUGGAUGAUGUAGAGCCUGGGAAUGUCAACUCUUAUUUGUCCAGCCUUGUACAAAGUACAUUUGAGGAUCUGGAAGACAGUGGAUGCAUCAAGAUUAAUGAAGACGCUGUGGAGCCCAUGAUGUUAGGAUCGAUAGCGUCUCAGUAUUAUCUCAAAUACACCACAGUUUCAAUGUUUGGUUCGAAUAUUGGGCCAGACACAUCUCUGGAAGUUUUCCUCAACAUCUUAUCUGGUGCUUCUGAGUAUGAUGAACUUCCAGUGCGGCAUAAUGAGGAAAACUACAAUGAUGCAUUGUCCAAAAGGGUUCCAUAUAUGGUGGACAAAAAUCGCCUUGAUGAUCCUCAUGUGAAGACAAAUCUUCUCUUUCAGGCACAUUUUUCACAAUUGGAUUUACCCAUCAGUGAUUAUAUUACUGACUUGAAGUCUGUGUUGGAUCAAAGCAUAAGAAUCAUUCAGGCCAUGAUAGAUAUAUGUGCCAAUAGUGCAUGGCUCUCAAGUGCCUUGACUUGCAUGAAUAUUUUGCAAAUGGUUAUGCAGGGAAUGUGGUACAAGGAAAAUUCCUCUCUCUGGAUGCUGCCAUGCAUGACUGAUGAUCUCGUCAGAUCUUUGAAUAGAAGUGGAAUCACUAAGGUUCAGCAAUUACUUGAAAUGUCACCCUCAGCUUUACGUAGACUAACUGAUACCGCGAUGGUCACACGACUACAUCAGGAUCUGCAGCAUUUUCCCCGUGUUCGAGUUCAACUUAAAGUUCAAAAACGUGAUUCUAAUAGCUCAAAUGGCUUUAACUUGAAUAUCAGAAUUGAAAAAACAAAUUCCCAUCAACGAACAAGAGCUUUCACUCCUCGGUUUCCUAAGAUAAAAGAUGAAGCAUGGUGGUUGGUUCUUGGCAACAGCUCUACCUCUGAACUUUAUGCUUUGAAGAGAGUUUCUUUCUCUGAUCGGUUGGUGACACAUAUGGAGAUACCAUCCACGCUUGUUGAUUUCCAGGGAUUGAAGCUUUUAUUGGUUUCAGACUGCUAUUUGGGGUUAGAACAAGAGUUUUCUGUUGAAGAACUUGGUCCUACUGCAGGAACAACCUAA